UUCAUAUGUUAACCCCUCCUCUUCCGCGUUCUAGGCCAAAAAGCCAGGCCUCAUGAAGAAGACGUGGGGAUCCAUGCGCAAGCACCCUUAUAGAACAGCAGCCGGUCUCACUGGACUGGGUACAGGCGGCGCCACGAUUGCCGGCGUUGCGCAAUAUCAGCACAUGCACGACCAAGAGCUCAAGAAGCUCAAGCGCCCAUAUCAGGAUGAGAUUGAUGCGUACAUGAAGGAAGUCGCCCAAAAUCCAGUGCGAAGGUCAAUCGAAGACAUUGGUUCGUCCGAGUCGCAGGCGGUCAAGAUAGCCGCUCGAGGUCUGCCUCAGCCUGCCUCCACUGCUUUCACCGAUGGCGUGCACAGCGUCUUUCGCCGCUACGGUGUAAAAACAGCGGGUCGCCUCUCCUUCCCGCCGGAGGCGCCUUUUGAGCGCAGAAAGGCCGAAGAUCUCCUACCUCGCCAGGUUGAACUUACCUCGAUAGGGAAGAAGGCGGAGAAAGUCAUCCAUCUUGGAAGCCCAGGCGGGGUCAAGCCUACCAAAGUAAGGAGGGUUCGCAGCUUCACAAAGACGUACGUUCGCAAACAUCCGGUCACUACUUCAGUCGGCGCCGUUACCGGUCUAGGCAUCACGGGCGCCGGCGUUUACGGCGCAGUGAAGCUGGCGAACCAUCACGAUGGUCACAAGGCUCAGUCUAACGGACGGGCCGAUGACGGCUCAUGGGCAAAUCACGGUGUGGGAGGAGGUGUCAAGCCUGGAACGCCAGGAACGAUCACGUAUGCCGAUGGUUCCACGGCUCCAUUAGAAGCCUACAAGAAUCCUAUGGGUAUUGGGCCGCAGGUGUACGCCCCGAGUGGGCCAGCUCCCGCGCCCAAAGAUGCCAAAGCUCCCGUUGGGAAGUUUCCACCAAUCAUGGGUAUCGGACCAGAGGUUUACGUCCCAGACGCGCCUGCUCCUACUCCUGCUCCCUCUCCGGCCCCGAACAACGACCCCAAACAUCAUCGACGCAGUCUGCCUCGAGACGAAGCAUUUGCCAGCCUCUUGGCGCGAGAUUUUGAGAGUGAGCAUGGCUCCUACAUACACGAGCGAUCGGCAUCGUCAGCUGAGCUCGAGCGUAGAGCUGGUGCUGGUCCGCUGAAGGCGCUGGGAAAGAUCUUCACCAAGAAGAAGGCGGGACCUGCGACCAAAUUCCUCGCGACCGGCCUGAUCGCUGGUGGAGCGAUUGGAGGAAGCUACAUGCUGGCUCAUGGGCUGACCCAUCAUGUGGCCAAGAACGAUGCAAAGAUGGAUUUCAUCACUAAGCCUCAGGCAUACAAAUGGGGCGAUCAAAAGAUAACGGAAGACCCUCAAGCCUAUGUAUUCCCAACCGGUCCUACCAGCCCGCAAAACAUUGAGAUCCCAAUCACGCUCACUCCCGUUGCUACCGCUGACAAAGGUGGCAAGUAGAAAGUGUAUCGCCUACCAUUGCACAUCUCUUCCUCGAGCCGGGCGAGGAAAGAUUAGGCUGGCGAUAGGCUUUGUUGAAUCUUUUCGCAAGAGGCGCAAGAAAUGUUCAUGCCGGCUUUGAACCUUUGCUGCUUUACAGCCUGCUCAUCUUGCCGACUUCUUUCAUCAAGAGGUUCUGGCACCUGAGACCUAGCAUGACGUUUCCCUUGACCUUCAAUUUGCCCUUGAGGAACGCAGCUUGAGGAUUCAUUUGACCUGUGGCGAGACGCACCAUAUCCUGACGAAGGGCGCAGAUGCAAGAGAGCCAAGGGUAAGGUCAGUCUCGAGGCCGGAUGGCAAUAUCCCGACUUGCAACAAGACGCCCGUACGUGCCCAGGCGUUGCCGUCCUUUUAC